AAGUUCAAAAGUUCAAGGAUGAACUAUAAAGUUGAACCUUGUUACUCAUUGCAUAUGUUUUAGGCUCUAGAUUCAAUAAGGAUUUGGUUCAUUUUCCUAGCAGAUUUGAUUGCCCUUGUACUCUUGCAAUAACCACAUUUUCAACAUGGCAGAUGUGAACUACAAUUCAGUAGUGUCUGGCUUAAGGAAGGAGUUCAAUACAGGGAAGACGAAGACAUUCAGAUGGAGAAUGGAUCAGCUCACAGCCCUUCUCAGACUUUUGGAUGAAAACACAGAUGCUUUGAAUAAUGCCCUCAAACAAGACUUAAAUAAGUGUGUAGCAGAAGCAGUGUUGUUUGAAGUGAAUUACAGUCGAAAUGAGGUUAUCACUGCUAUGAGUAACCUUAAGGAAUGGAUGGAACCUGAGUGGGUGAAGAAAAACCUAUUUACAAUGAUGGACACAUGUUUCAUAAAGCGUGAACCCCUUGGAGUGGCCCUGAUCCUAGGGGCAUGGAACUACCCCAUACAACUCACCCUCUGUCCCCUAGUGGGAGCAAUAGCAGCAGGUAACUGUGUGCUCCUUAAGCCAUCAGAGGUUUCAAUGAACACAGCUUUGCUACUGGAGAAGUUACUGCCCAAGUACCUUGAUAAUGAUUGCCUUAAAGUUAUCAAUGGAGGAAUACCAGAGACCACUGCCCUACUGAAUGAGCGCUAUGACUACAUAUUCUACACAGGGAACACCAACGUGGGCAAGAUUGUGUACCAAGCUGCUGCUAAGCACCUUACACCAGUGACACUAGAGUUAGGCGGCAAAAGCCCUUGUUAUAUUGACAAGGAAACAGACUUGGAUGUGGCAUCUAAUCGACUUGCUUGGGGAAAAUGGGCAAAUGCUGGUCAGACUUGUAUUGCCCCAGAUUAUGUCCUAGUCAGGCCAGAGUUGCAGGACAAGCUUAUUGGUAAACUGAAAGAGUCAAUCAAAAAAUUCUUUGGAGAUGACCCUAAACAAUCUAAUGAUUUUGCAAGAAUAGUCAACAGCAGACAUGUCGACCGAGUGAGAAAGUUUGUAGAAAAUGGAGGUGGAAGUGUUGCACAUGGGGGUGUCAUUGAUGAGAAAGCAAGGUACAUCUCUCCCACAAUUCUUAAAGAUGUUAAAGACACUGACGCAGCAAUGCAAGAGGAGAUAUUUGGUCCUGUAUUACCCAUCAUGCCAGUUCAGAAUGAACAGGAAGCCAUCAACUUCAUCAAUAGCAGGGAGAAACCACUUGCUAUGUAUGUGUUCGCCAAUGACAAAAAAGUGGCUGAGAGAAUGAUCAAUGCAACAUCCAGUGGAAGCUGUGUGGUCAAUGACUGCUUGGUACAGGGGGCAUUGGAAACACUCCCCUUUGGUGGUGUGGGGCACAGUGGUAUUGGGGCUUACCACGGAAAGUUCUCCUUCGAGACAUUCACCCACAAGAGGGCAUGCAUGAUGAAAGAGCUUAAAAUGGAAGCUGUCAAUGUAAUAAGGUACCCUCCAUAUACAGAAAAGAAGACUAAUUGGGCAAAGUGGCUGCUGAAGAAACCCACCAAGAAAAACCCAGUUCUAGCAUGGGCUCCAUAUUUACUAAUGGGAGUGGUUCUUGCUCUUCUGAUCAAGGUUCUUGGGCUACAAAGCUAUCUUGGAUUCUAAAUAUCAGUUCACAUUCUACAGAACUAUGACAAUAUGAUUAUUUAAGUGGAGUAUGGUGAAGAUACAGAGUACUAUAUAUAGUAUAAUAGAAGUAGUAUAAUAAUGGCCAGCAGAAGGUCUACCAAAGAGAUGAAUAAAUCUAGUUUAUAGAAUAGUGCCAUAAUUUAAUAUAGUACUAUUUACAGAAAAUAAAAGCAAUUAAAUCAUGAUAAAAUGCUCAAAGUGAAAUGUGUACUAUGAAAACACAUUUAAAAGUCACCAAAAAGCAGAGUAAAUAAUGAUAUAUUAAUAUCAGUAAAAACAGUGACUCUUAUUCAGAUCUCUAUGUGUCAACAUUUAUGGAUUAUGACAACAUGUGUGUAUUACUUUAUAUCUAAAGUAAGAGUCAUUUUGGUGCAAAAUUAUGUGAUUCAUUUUCUUUGAAUUCAAAAGAUUAAAAAUGAUAACAAUAUUGAUUGGGAUGGUAUUUUUAUGGUCAAUGGGUGCCAAAAUGUCAAGAUUUUGUGUCUUGGGAAGAUUUGAAUUUUUCAAUGAUAAUUACAUGACAUGGCAUACGGAUUCUGCUUGUUGGAUUGCAAUAGAUGUUCUCAGUUUGUUUAUGUGAAAUGUAAAAGAAUGGGUAUCGAUAUGGCGAACUUUUUGAACACACGUUUCUCUUAAACCAGUCAUCAAAAAUUUCUGAAAAUCUUAGAAAUUGCCAUCUUUUCAAUGGUAACAAUAUAAUUUGAAAU